GUGGCCAAGAGUGCCCGCGGUUCUUACACGUUCAAACAUACAAUCCCCCGGUUGCUACAAUACAAUACAACAAACUCGACUUUUGCCCUUCUGACCGUAGACCUUGCACAAAUGGGCUUGCGGUCAGCUUCCGGGCUACUUCCAUUCUUUACCAGUAGUUGAGCAGCAAUGAGCUUGUCCGCGUUCCUCGUUAUCUACGUACUCGGCGGCAUCACCUUUAUCCCACUUGUCCUCUCCGUUGCAUUCCUCCAUGCCUACUUGACACAACCACAGUGGACUGGUUCCAGCCCCAACGCGAAUGCCUCCGACAAGAAUGAACACCAUGUUCCGGAUAGCGACGGAAAGCCCAGCGCGGCCGACUUCGAAGGUCUUCCAAGUGAGCUGAAGACACGGACACACGUCCCGGACGUAGCAGCCGGGUACUUUGCUGUCUGCCGGGAGUACGUGCCAGGAGGAAUCAAUGGGAAACCACCAGAGAGGACUACACCUGCGGGAGCGGUCGUCGCAUCCGAAAGCCCGAGUGUAUAUCAGUCCAUGUACCGGUCCAUCUUCGACCGGAACAAGACCACGUCCCCGAGCAUAGAGGCAGCAAACAACAAAAGCAAGAAGGCGCGGAAUGUAUUCUAUGUCGUCCUAAGAUUGGGGCACCUAAUGUUAUACGACGAUUCGGAACAGCUCGAAGUUCGCCAUGUCAUUUCACUCGCGCAUUACGACGUCGACAUCUAUAGUGGUGGGGAGGCGAUACCAGAGGGGGAGCUGUGGAUCAAGCGCAACUGCAUACGGCUCGCGUCACGCCGCCAGUCGGACGGAACGAUACCGGAAUCUAGGAAGCCAUUCUAUCUAUUCUCCGAGAAUUGCUCAGAAAAGGAGGACUUUUAUCAUGCCAUAUUGCAAAGUCAAGAGCAUCGCGCCGGUUCUAGUCAGCCUCAGCUCACGCCUCUGAAGUUCGAUACCCCAGAUCUUGUGAAGCUUGUUCAGCAAUUGCAUGCGGAUGAGGAGAAUCUAAACACCCGUUGGAUCAACGCACUUAUUGGGAGGCUAUUCCUUGCCCUCUACAAGACAAAGGAUAUCGAGAAUACCAUAUGGACAAAGAUGACGAAGAAGAUCGCACGAGUUCCCAAGCCUGCUCUCAUCAGUAGCAUCAACCUUGUGAAGGUGGACAUGGGAACGCUACCUCCGUUUAUUACGAACCCGAAACUCAAAGAAUUGACCGUUGAUGGCGACUUGUUAAUUGAGGCCGACGUCAGCUACAAGGGAAACUUCCGCGUCGAAAUUUCAGCAAUCGCUCGUAUCGAUCUGGGAACUCGAUUCAAGGCUCGCGAGGUCACGCUCGUACUUGCGACCAGUCUCCGGAAACUAGACGGACACAUCCUGGUGCGGAUAAAACCACCCCCCAGCAAUCGUAUCUGGGUCACUUUCGAGACUGCACCGAAAAUGGAGUUCUUCCUUGAGCCUAUCGUCAGUUCGCGCCAGAUUACUUAUGGUGUCAUUCUUCGCGCCAUCGAGAGCCGGCUUCGUGAAGUUGUCAGCGAAACGCUUGUGUAUCCCAACUGGGACGAUAUACAAUUCAGCGAUACCAUAGCGAACCAACUCAGGGGCGGCAUAUGGUCAGACAGCUCAAAGGACCAUUCUAAACACAACAUCGCCACCAAAAUCGAGGAGGAAAUAGCUCUACGAGCUGCGGAACAUCACUCGGAUACAGAGGAAUUGGAAUCGACUGUGCCAAUCGUGCCGAAGAAUGAGCCUCCAAAGAUAUCACGCAAGCCUACCGCAUCAAGCGCUGAAAGCUCUGACACGCAAUCUACAGCAUACAGCUCUGCAGUUGAUAAGACGCCCAUCAAACCAAAGGCGAUGCGAUCUGGGUCUUUCGCCAACGCCGCCAGUCCUACCGUUGACAUGAGCCCGACCUUGGCUUCGGCGACGAAAAGUGAAACUCAAGUCGAUGCGGCCUCGUCGAUGAAAACAACGAUGUCCAGAUCACAGCCCACGACUCCCGCGGAAUCGCCAGUGGGAUCUCUCGAACAGCCAUCAGUCAUGCGGAGUAGAGCGCGGGGAAGCGCCUCUUCGGCGGAUGUAUAUACUACGGAGGGGGAAGAGGGACUUUUGAGCGAGCCAAUGCACACAGUCUUGGAUGCUGCUACUUUCCCAAUGACCUCAUCAGCAUCCAUGGAAUCAGCCGACACUGCUUCGACACGCUCGUAUGGGAAGCCGGGGCAUAGGACUUCGUCGUCGUUGCCCCGGAAUACUUUUGCAUCUACAGACAAGCGCCAGAUGAUCAAUCAGGGUUUCAACACUGCAACGGCGGCAGCCAAAAAGUGGUUUGCUAAACAGAGUCAAGAGGCACCUUCCCCUAAGCCUUCAACAUCUCGCGAGUCACUGCAAACGGUAGACGACAUCACGCAAGACAAUGACAAAGAUUCGAUCUCUGGCCUCAGCACUCUAUCGACGGCAAGGUCACAUGUAAACGCUCCCCUAGGUUCGCCCGCACAUCCCAUAGGACGAGGCCAACCGCUACCGCCGCCUGGCACACCUCUUCCUGGACCGCAAAAGCCAGAGAAACGAAAUGCAGGCUGGAGCGUCCCAACCGCCGCGACCUUUGCGAACCUCGCCAAACGCAAACCUGUCCCGGUAAAAGCGCAGUCACAGCAACAAUCAACAGAGCCAUCACCUCCAAAAGAACCGAUCUCACCACCUCCUCCACAGCUGCCAGCACGCCCGCCCCUGGCACCCAUGCACUCCUCCCACUCCCACUCCUCAUCCCACCACAGACAAGCCAGCGUCGGCACGGCAGCCAUGGGCGUCCGCCGGAAAUCCACAUCAAACCACGCUCUUUCGCAAUCGACCGCCCGCCGACAACGCCGCUCCGUCACCGACGCAGCAAUCCGCAAUGGAAACGGGAAUGGGAAUGGAAACGGACACGGCGAAGGCAACGGACACCACGACCCGGGGAUGCUCGUCGUCGAAGCACCCAUCCUCGACACGAGCGCCCCGACGACACCCACCGGCAUCGACUACCCUUCGACGGAACCGAGAAAGGACCUUGGACAUCGCGGCCGUGGCUCCAGCAACGCUACCGCUGACGACAGCGUCAAUUUGGAUCCCCCGCGCAGGAGCAUGGAAGACGAAGGUGUUUUUCAAGGCAUGGAGGGCGUGUCGUAACCCGAGGGGGAAAAGGGGGCAACGGAAUGGAAUGGAAUGUAUAGUUACUGCUGUCGUACACUGGAAAUAAAGGCAAAUGUCUGCCGCAUAAUGAUACUCCCGU